AUGGCGAUCCGCGAGCGCAAGACGGACGGCUUGGUCGUCGACCCAAACGUGCUCGCGAUCCGUGAUGUCACGGUGAUCGCGCUCUCGGCCGAGGACAAGCAGGCGCCGGUCAUUGGUCUGCAGCUCAUGGCGCAGCAGAUCCACUGCAUUCGGAACCGCGAAGGCGAGAUCAUCGAAGGCGCCGAAGACGAGAUCAAGGCCAACUUUUACGUGUUUGCCUUCCGACGCGAGUACGACGAAGACGAGAUGGCGCUGCGGUGGAAGAUUGUCGAGUUUGGUGUCAUUGGCUCCGUCCCGUACAUUUAG